UUAUUAUUAAAAUGUCAAUUAUAUUACAGUUUAAAUACUUUUAUAUAAUUAUGUGUUGAUUGUAGAAGAAUUUUUUAAAAUCAAACAAAUAAUGUGGCGCUUACGAACCCGGAAAACGAUGACGACAACGAUGAAUGAUAAUAACUGAAGUUAUUGUGCAAUCAAAAAUCAUCUUCAUAGAGAGCCGUUAUCACAUUUUCAGAGUUUUAAUAAUUUUAGUCGAUUCACGAUUGGUAAUGCGCAUUUACGUCUUAUCAUUUGUUUCCGUAAUAUYUUUUUAAUGUAAAGGAACGUUUGAUUUUGUCGAUUAACAUGAAAUGUAAUAUUCAAUUAAUUCAACACACUCGAAUGGUGUCCUUGAUCGACCGAUACACUCGUCCAACGUUAUUUUGUCUAAACACAAUAUUCUGUGCGUUUAUUUGAAAGUGAUUAUCAUAAAUUUAGCGUUGUCAAAUUGUAAUAAUAAUUAUCAUAAAAUUAAAAGAAAAUAAGACUGUUCGACGCACUUAGUGGAGGAUUCGUCAGUGUUCGUUUUCUAUAUUCAUUCUUUGAUACGCCUUUUCAAUAACAAUWCCCUUGCGCCACAUGCAAUUUUUUUGUUUCUGUCCACAUGAGUAGCAGCGAUGUCUACGGAACAAAAGUUUGCGGCGGCUAUAAACGUCAUUAGGAGUUUGCCAAAAAAUGGUGCAUACCAACCAUCUAGGGAUCUCCUGCUUCGUUUUUAUGCAUAUUUCAAACAAGCAACAAUAGGACCUAACAAUCAGCCCAAACCCAGUUUUUGGGAUGUUAUCAAUCGAGCAAAAUGGCAAGCUUGGUAUGAUUUAGGAGAUAUGUCAAAAGAGAAUGCAAUGCAAGAAUAUGUUAAUGAGUUAAAAAAGAUUGUAGAAACUAUGGCUUAUACGAAUCCCGUGGCCGAUUUUGUAUCUAGCUUGGAUUCAUUUUAUGAAUCAGUUUCCAUUGAUGAUUUAGAAAUGGUAGUUGGUCCAAUUGAACGAAGCAAUUUAAAAGGUAUA